UGUUGGGUUCAUUGACCCACACAUCGUUAAUUCACAUGUGUUAGAACACCACCCCGCCGACGUGGAGGAUGACCUGUGGCGGUUUAUUAGAAAACAGCAACAGAAAAGUGAUAUUCUAUUUCCUUACCAUUUUGGGUUCCACUGGAUUCUUAUGGUAAUUCAAGUUCAGACCUCCUCAGUUCUCGUCCACGACUCUCUGAAUAUGGAUCCGGCGCUUUGGGCCGACAUGAGAAAAAUGAUGCAAAAGGUUUGGAGACGGUUCGUAGAUACCAAGGUCGGUGAAUUCAAAAAAGAGCUACAUUUUAAAAUGGCAGUGCGGACGAUCGGGGAUAUUCAGCCACCGGGGACCAAUCUAUGUGGAUACUAUGUUUGUGAGAGGAUCCGGAGAUACUGCAAUGAGCGGGACCAGAAGUGUGAGAACAACAUCCUGAGGAAUAACCUCCGGAAGACGCUUAGUCCAGAAGCUCGCUUCCGACCACUUCAAGAGGAACUAGCUGGAUGGUUGGCGAGGGAAGUCAUCGAUCCUAGAGGAGAACACUAUUACGAUGACGUAGAACUUUAUAUGCACCAGAAUUUGUAACUAACUUGUUCAAAA